AGGAAAAUUAUCUACUGAAAAAUGGCAGAAGUUGCUCCAGCACCCGCCGCCGCCGCGCCGGCGAAAGCACCCAAGAAGAAGGCAGCACCCAGGCCGAAGAAAACUGGUCCCAGUGUGGGCGAGCUUGUCGUCAAGGCGAUCUCUGCAUCCAAGGAGAAGAAAGGAGUCUCCCUUGCAGCGCUCAAGAAGGCUCUGGCUGCUGGUGGCUACGACGUGGAGAAGAACAACGCUCGCGUCAAGAUCGCCAUCAAGAGUCUCGUUACUAAGGGAACUUUGGUUCAGACCAAGGGCACCGGCGCGUCCGGCUCCUUCAAGCUGAAUAAGGCGAAGGCAGAGCCCAAGAAGAAGGCCGUCAAGAAGGCUGCUCCCAAGGCGAAGAAGCCCGCUGCCAAGAAGCCCGCCGCAGCAAAGAAGCCCAAGAAAGCAGCAGCUAAAAAGCCCGCGGCCGCCAAGAAAUCUCCGAAGAAGGCAAAGAAACCAGCAGUGGCUAAACCCAAGAAGGCCGUCAAGAGCCCGAAAAAGGCAAAGAAGCCCGCGGCAGCAAAGCCUACCAAGAGCCCCAAGAAGACGAAAGCGGCCAAGCCUAAGGUAGCGAAGCCUAAAGCCGCCAAGCCCAAAAAGGCAGCACCCAAGAAGAAGUAAACGACAUGAAGGCUGUUCCUAUUCAUACAAAAGGCUCUUUUAAGAGCCACCCAACUUCUCUUCAAAAUGCAUUUGUUUCAAAAACUUUAAGACAGAUUUGUAUUCAUGUAACUUUAACAUGUAUGGAGGGGGGGAAUUAUCACCAGAUAGAUGAUAUUUUAUUGAGUGAUAUCUUCAAUUUCAGAAUCAUACGGAGCGAAACAUUUAUUAUGUGGCGGGGUUUGGGUCAUUUACUCAAUUUUGACUGGUUGUAAUACUUGCGAUUCUUAUGUCCAUGCAAAUCCUAUUUGCACAAAUUCUCUCAGCUUGAUCUAUUUAUUG